GCACAGUGCCAGGAGUGUGUGUGGCACCACUGGGCACCACUGGGCAUCACUGGGCACCACUGGGCACCUCGCGGACUACUACUGCUACGAGCUGUCCCUUCCGGUGUAUAUUGUAAUGCAGACUAGUACAUACUAUACUUUGCGGUUACCUUGCAGUGAUUUCGGGGCUCAAUACUUCCUCGCUGCCCGGUCCCUGACCAGGAGGUAACCAAAUGUACAGUGUAAUUUUGUGUACAAAUAGUGAUAGAACAUACAGUGUGCACACACAAUCAUGAUCGUAGCGUGAUGUAGACUAUUACUUCGUGUAGCAGUGUGUUCUAUAACCUGCACUGUGAGUUGUGUAUAUGCUCUUAUACUUGCCAGCUAUACGUACAGUGCUUUAAACUAGUGUUUAGCAUUAACAGCCAUUGUCUGCACAUUUCUCUGUGACAGGGACAUAAAUGCAGUGACACUGAUACAGCGAUACGGUGAUACAAUAGCGAAGUUAUACAGCGGUAUGGAAUACAGUGGCGCGGUUUUAAUGAUAAAAUGAGUGCAGUGAUAGUGAAAUAUAUAUAUACUAUUGUUGUCACGAACGCUGCAGGAAAUACAUGAUUCAAGGAACAAAUACAACCAUAUAUGACUAUUAGGUACAAAAGAAUUUUUGAGCAGCUACCAGGAUUUACCAGCAUCACCUAAAUUAAGGGUUCAACUAGAACUACAGCUAACAACAAUCGAGAAGCUAUAGGGUUCAGCAACGAGCAGCGAAAACCAGUAGCAUGUCUGUCAAAAUUAACAUAUCGUCGAGCACCUCGUGCAGCCCCAGCAGCAACUCCCCCACCAGCAGCGCCUCCGUCAGUAGGUGGUGGGGGUUGCUAGGUCCCAGGUGUGGGGGCUGCUUCACCCCCACCACCACACUGAGAUUCCUUGCCGGCCUCGCUCUGGUUUUUGGCGUGGUAAUAUCCAGUAUGGAGGGGACACUAUUGGUGCGGGAGGAGCAGAAGUACCAGAGGUGUGUCCUCCGUCAGGCUGGGCUUGUUAGGAGUCGACAUGGUGACACCCUCAAUACCAACAUUGAUACUGACAUCUUGUCAGUAUGCUAUCCACAUGAUAUCAAUUUAGUACGUGGGUGUGGCUGGUCUGGCAUGGUGGUGACAGUAGUGUACCUCUUGGCCUCCCUACUCCUGCUGGUCGCUAUCUCAACGGAACGGUGGCAGUUGUGCCUGCCUUGGGCAUGUGCAAGUGUGGCAGCCGGAAUACACGAGGUGCUUCUAGUGGGCCUGUGCUGGUUGCUGCUGGGUGCUGGGGAUCUUCUCUUCUAUACACUCCACAUCCUCCUCUUGGCAUACAGUGUGGCCGUUCUCACCUCUGUCCUGCGACAAUUGAGCUCAGAACUUCCCUGACAGUCUGGAACUCUGAGCCAUGACAUGAUUUCAGUGAAUUUGAUGAUGUAAACACUCUAUGAAGACAGUCUGUCCCACUACACAUGAAUAAACAGACGUCAGCAAGAGUUUCACCAGUGUAAAGCGCCUUCCCGUUCAGAUACAGAUAAAAACAUCCGUUUUAUAAUUAUAGGGGUACCACCUCUGGUGCAAUACAUAAUAAAGCUAUUGACUAUUUUGACAUUAUAUUUCUUGUCUUUAUUUCAUUAUUUGGAUAUUAUACCCACAGUAAGAUGCUUCCGGGUCCUGUGAAUGGACAAGUGCAAUUCACUCGAUAGAUUUUUUCCAGUUUUACCAAAUCACAUAUAUUCUUGUUAUAAAACAAUAAAGUUGCAAUAAAGUAAAGGCGGGUUAUUUGUCUUUCACAAAAGUAUUUGUACUUUUACCAAUUAAUUAUUUGAUCAAAUUUUCUACACCUUGUACUUGUAUUUACUUGCUAAUAUAUCUAUAUUACUUGUACUUGAGAAAAAGUACUUGAAUCCAGGCUUGAUAUAUUUAUUUCCUAUUAAAUAUCAUAAGCAUUUCUGAGCAAAAUUUUUAUAGUAUGUAUGUCUGGAAGUCAAAGCAGAGAUAUUAUUUACCAUUAUUUGAACGAUCCUUUGGAUCUAGAACAGCAUGACUGCUGUAACAAAUAAUUUAAUUGUCGACAAAUAAUGCUUACGAAACUUCAGUUGGAAGGUAAGAGUUGAUGUCAUUAACAGCAACAAUAAAUAAUGUACUACAGUACUCAGGUCAUGUCCUUGCUAGAGGCAAUAUAAGUCAACCUUACAAGAUACUGAGGGAAACAGACAAAAUGGAUAGAAAUAGUUUUUUUUAGGCGAGGGCAUAAGAACGUGGGGGGCGGGGGAGCACAACUGGAAGUUGGAAACUGAUGGAUUAGAGAAAUGUAAAAUAUGUGUAUUUUAAUAACCCAUUGAUAUAUUCAUAGGUUUUGAGAACUCACCAAGUCUAGGCAUAUAUUAUACAUAAGCUAUCUCUCUACUACAUAAUGUACUAUUUGUUUAAUAGGGUUUGCAGGCACAUCAGCUAUUUUAUAAAUUAGCAUCUACUGUAUUUCAAAUGAUAAAAUCUACUUUACGAAUAAACACUAAAGUUGUGGAAACUUCACCUUACCGAUACCUCUCAUACUUCUUACUAUUUUCAAUUCACCUGUGCAGUUAGAAUUAUGAAUACCAACAUGACUAGUCAUUUCAUCACAUGGAAUUUUUGGCUUCUUAUAGUGAAAACUUAAUUGAAAAAAUUAUUAAAAGUUUCUAUGUAUAUGAGGGGAAUAAAAUAUAAUAAAAUUU